AUGUCAGGAAAUCCUAAUCAAAAUGGUAAAAUCAAUGAACGAGAUGCCAAAGAAGCAGGUGAGCUAAAAAAAGAGAUUCGACUCAUAGAACGUGAAAUCCCUGAGAAACUUUUGGAAACUAUCCCAGAAGCAAAUCAAUAUGUUGAACUACAGGAAAUUGAGAAACGUUUAGACUCAUUAAUUGUGCGAAAACGCUUCGAUUUACAGGAUUCUCUUAGUCGUCAGUCAAAAAAGACCAGAGCAGUACGGAUUUUCAUUCGUAAAACUCUAGAAAAUCAAGCCUUUCAAAAUCUUCAUGAAAAAAAUAAUAUUCAAUCUAACGAUUUAACUUCUCUUUCUGUUCCUUCUUGGACAAUUCAUAUGGAAGGAAGAUUGAUUCCUGGAAAUGAAGAAGACAAGAACCAAUUAGAUGAAAUACCUUUCACCACAUUAUUCAAAAAAAUUGCUUUUCAAGUACAUCGCUCAGAGGAAUUGUAUCCGGAAAGUAAUUACGUAGAAUGGAAUAAGCUUUCAAAUGGCGCCAAUUUGGCAAAUGAGCUCAGAAUAAAGAGAAACGGAGAUCAGAAUGUAAAUAUAAGUAUACUUUUGUAUCCCGAUGAGCAUCCUGAACGCUACAAAUUAUCCAAUGCAUUCGCCAAUCUCUUGGGAAUCAAAGAGGGAACACGUCCUAUCAUUGUCGCGGCUUUAUGGCAGUACAUCAAGUUUCAUCGACUUCAGGAUUUGGAAGAAAAGCGUUUAAUCAACUGCGACAAAGGAUUAAGAGACCUUUUUGAAACAGACAGACUUUACUUUCCUAGAAUACCCGAGCUGAUGAACCGGUUCUUGGAACCACUCGAUCCUAUUGUUUUAUCGUUUGGAUUAAAUGUGAAUGAAGAGUCAGACAAGCCAUUUGAAACCUUUGACGUUUUUGUUAAUGCGGACGAUCCCAAGCAAACCCAAACUCGGACAUUCUUGACUAAUGUGAUGAACCAAAAUGAAAUCAAAAUUCUCGAUGAGAAGAUUUCAAGCUUUAUUGAAGCUAUCCAUUAUUCCAAAUCAAAACAUGAUUUUAUGCGACAAUUUUCAGAGGACCCUGUACUGUUCAUUCAUCGAUGGACUGAAUCUCAAAGUAAGGAUUUGGAAGUUAUUUUGGAUGGCUCUGAAACAAAUAUUGCUGAAAAAAGAGACUCAAAAUACUACCAACAACCUUGGGUUGAGGAAAGCGCUUUUCAUUUUUUAAAUAGAUUAAACAGCAAAAAACAGCAAGAAAUUCUUAAUGCAUCUACUAGGAAAUAA